CCACAAUCCACUGCUUCACUCCUCCCCGCCCAUCCAGGUUCUCAUCACAAGAGUCUGGCGUCAAGUCAAUUUGUGCACUUUGGGGUCACCUGCUGUGACUUCAAUUGUAUGCUACAGAGAUCCUCCAGCACUGCCAGACCCCCCCCCUUCCCCCCCACUGAACUUGGCACUAGGCCUCUGCGUUGGACACCCCCUCUAAGAGGCACAGAAGAGACCCUCCCAGCCCCUGCCCAGAGACUGGAGCUGAGUCUGGCACUGGGCCUCUGCAAGGCAUGACACCCCACUAGGCAGUGCAGACUAGUCCCUCCAACACUCCCAGUCCCUGCCCAGCCAAGGUCCUGUGUCCUCUGCACAGCCACAGUCAGCGGUCCCUGAAUGAUGUUACUACUUCUACACAUACCCGUUCUUGGGGUCUGAGCUGCUCCCCUUCCAGUUCUUGUGGCUGGUGGAUGCCAUGAGUCCAACCAAAGGCACUUAGAACAGCUCAGAUGUCACUGCCUUCUGGACCAAGGACCGCACGCUACAGAUGAUUGAGCGCUUUGAUGCUGUCACAAUCUGCAGUGGAGAAAAGUUGUUCUGAAAAUGGGAGAGUCUGAUACUUUGACUCCAAAAGGAGAGAGACUUUGCCUCUGUUGGGAAAGCCCAGUAGAAGAGACCAGGUUCAUCAGCACUCAAGAUGUCACGUGGCUGGAACUUCUCUAGAAUGCUGGCUCUGUCUCUGAAGACUUGGGCUGUAGACGUGGAGAGUUCAGUAGAAAGCAUUAUGGAUCUGUGGAGCUGCUUAUAUCUAGUGAUGCUGAUGGAGCCAUUCAAAGAGCCGGACGUUUCCGAGUGGAAAACGGAUCUUCUGAUGAGAAUGCAGAUUUCACCCCAGGUACAUGGCGCAGAACAGAUGUGCACUUGGAAAACCCAGAGUACCACACCAGAUGGUAUUUCAAAUAUUUUCUAGGAAAAGUUCAUCAGAAUUACAUAGGUACAGAUGCAGAGAAGAACCCUUUUUUUCUGUCUGUCGUGCUCUCCAACCAAAACAAUCAGCGUGUCCCUCAAUACCGCUCAAUUCUCUGGAAAAAAACAGGUACUCAGAAAAUAUGCCUCCCUUACAGUCCCACGAAAACAUUAUCAGUGAAAUCUAUUUUAAGUGCCAUGAGUCUUGACAAAUUUGAAAAAAGCCCUAGGGAAAUUCCUCACCCUGAGAUACAAAAGGAUUUACUGGUUCUUGAAGAGCAAGAAGGCUGCGUAAAUUUUAAGUUUGGCGUUCUUUAUGCUAAAGAUGGUCAACUUACAGAUGAUGAAAUGUUCAGCAAUGAAACUGGAAGUGGCAGCUUUCAAAGAUUAUUGAAUCUUUUGGGUGACACAGUUACACUGAAGGGCUGGACAGGCUACAGAGGAGGUCUGGACACCAAAAAUGAUACAACAGGAAUAUAUUCCAUCUACACAGUGUAUCAAGGGCAUGAGAUUAUGUUCCAUGUUUCAACCAUGCUACCAUAUUCUAAAGAGAACAAGCAGCAAGUAGAAAGGAAGCGUCAUAUUGGAAAUGACAUUGUCACCAUCGUGUUCCAGGAAGGAGAAGAAUCUUCUCCAGCAUUUAAGCCCUCCAUGAUUCGCUCUCAUUUUACACAUAUUUUUGCCUUAGUGAGAUAUAAUAAGCAAAAUGAUAGUUACAGGCUGAAAAUAUUUUCAGAAGAAAGUGUACCUCUCUUUGGGCCUCCCCUUCCAUCCCCACCUGUGUUCACAGAUCACCAGGAAUUCAGGGACUUUGUACUAGUGAAGUUAAUAAAUGGGGAAAAAGCCACCUUGGAAACCCCAACAUUUGCUCAGAAACGGCAGCGCACUCUAGACAUGCUGAUUCGCUCUUUAUACCAGGACCUCGUGCCUGAUCUACACAAGAACAUGCUUAAUAGGAGGUCCUUCAGUGAUGUGUUACCAGAAUCCCCUAGAUCAGCACGGAAGAAAGAGGAGGCCCGUCAAGCAGAAUUUGUCCGACUUGGUCAGGCACUGAAACUGAAAACCAUUGUGAGAGGAGAUGCCCUAACUAGUUCAGCAACCACAAGCCUCUAUAAAAAGGAGCCGUGGGAGUCCCAAUGUUUCUGCAGUAAUUUUCCUCAUGAAGUUGUUUGCGCGGAUUCUUGGGGCCAGUCCUUGCUAGUUUCUACAGAUGUUGGUGUCCUGCUAAUAGAUGAUGGCCAGUCAUCAGUGCAAGUAUUUGAUAAAACUCUCCAGGUGAAACAGAUGCAUGUGCUGGAAGCUUUGGACCUUUUGAUUACCAGAGCAGACAAAGGGAAGGACUCUCGUCUCCUUGUCUUCAGGAUGAGCGCUGUACGAAAUGGCAUAGAAGCAAAGCAGAUGGCAAAGAGCAAAUAUGACUGCAGAGAAAAUAAACUUGAGAAAACAAAAGGCUGCCAUUUAUAUGCCAUUAAUACUCACCACAGCAGUGAACUGAGGAUUGUGGUGGCUAUUAGGAACAAACUGCUCCUCAUCACAAAGAAAUACAAUCAAGGCAACAGUUUAACCAGUGUCUGUUUGAUGUCACCCUUGUCUGAAUCACCAGUGGAGGAAUUCCAAUACAUCAGGGAGAUUUGUCUCUCUGACCCUCCAGUGAUCAUGACUCUGGUGGAUGGACCUUCUGGAGACAAUGACAAUAUGAUCUGUGUAGCAUAUCGACAUCAGUUUGAUUUAGUUAACGAGAGUACUGGGGAGUCCUACAGGUUACAUCAUAUUGAAGCAAGCAGGGUUAAUUUUGUUGCAGCUAUUGAUGUAUAUGAAGAUGGUGAUGCUGGUCUACUGUUGUGUUAUAACUAUGUCUGCUACUACAGAAAGGUAUGCCCCUAUAAUGGGGGUUCUCCUUUGGUCCAGACAUCGGCAUCAGACUUCCACUUUAGUUGGAACCAGGUUCCUUAUGCUAUUGUUUGUGCUUUCCCUUAUAUCCUGGCCUUCACUACUGAUUCCAUAGAGAUACGAUUAGUGGUGAAUGGGAACCUAGUCCACACAGCUGUGGUGCCUGAACUUCAACUUGUUGCAUCAAGGUCAGAUAUUUAUUUUAAAGCUACUGCAACAGUAAGUGGAUCAUCCCAUAGCAGUUUGAAGGAAACCAGUUCAAACAGUUCUCCUCAGACACCAACAGCUCAUGAAAUGCCAGAAUUCCCUUCUUCCUCAGCAGAAGGUGAAGUUCAGUAUAAAAACUUAUACAAAAUUCCUCUCAGUAACCUGGUUGGGAGGAGCAUUGAACGACCUCUGAAGUCACCAUUAGUCCCCAAGGCCAUCACCCCAACGUCCAGUGUUAUUGCCUCGGCUCCUGUCAGUCACUCAUUAUCUUUGUCUCGUAUGGAAAUUAAAGAAAUUGCAAGCAGGACACGCAAAGAACUACUAGGCCUCUUGGAUGAGAAAGUUCCCAAAUCAGAAGUAGCACAGAAGCAAAAGAAGGUUCCUCGAAAACCAUCAGACCCCAAGCAGGGAGCAAUAAGGUCAACAAGCAGUGACAGGAUAAUUUCAAGCUCUUUUGAAAGCAAUUCUGAAGGGCGUCACCUUUCCACUAGUUCAGAUCCUGAUACUGCAGCAAACCAGGAGGAGAGCCCACCAUCUAGCAGUCCAUUUCAUCUCACUACUUCAUUUGAUGAAGACAUCAUUGACUUGAAGUGAAGACAAUCUUGAGUCCUUUAUUUUCUCCUUUUCCUUUUCUUAUGACUCUGAAGGCCUUAUAGGAAUGUCACAACACUGCUUUUAGUGAUAACGUAUGGCUGGAAAUGGAGAAUAUUGGUGAAUAUUCUCUACAGAACCCAAUUGGGUGAAGCUUUUUUGCCAUCUUUAUGUUUACCUUUCUCAGUUAAAGAAACUUUGGUUCGUAUUGUAACAAGGUGGUAGAUAUCAAUGGUAGUUUUAGGAUGAAAAUUUUAAGUAAAUAAAAGGAUUCAUUUUUAUUCUCUCUGAACUUCUUAUGUUUGGAGUACCUGAAUGAGAGUAAUAUUUAGCUGUGUUAUUUGCAGCCACUGAUAUUACAAAUUAUUCCAUAGCACAGUGUGUCACGUAGAAAGGUAAUAUUUAUAAAGAAAAUAAUUUAUUUCAAAUUUUUUAAAAGAUAAAAACAGACUUGUGGCAAAGUUCUUUUCAGCCAGGAUGAUCUGUCCCUGAAGUGGUACCAUUCUGUUAUAAUGUUUACUGAAGAACCAAGGAUAUUCUGUGAAGAUCGGGUAAGAUAAAGCAUAAAUUUCUAACAGUGAGAGUAAUUAAGCACGGAAACAAUUUACCAAGGGUCAUAGUGGAGUCUCCAUCAUUGAUAAUUUUUAAAUCAAAAGUGAAUGUUUUUCUAAAAGUUCUGCUCUAGGAAUUAUCUUGUGUAAGUUAAAUGGCCUGUGUUAUACAGGAGGUUAGACUAGAUGAUCACAAUGGUCCCUUCAGGCCUUGGAAUCUAUUAAUAAGAUACAAAUAUGUUUUCUUAGCUCUCAUCUUUCCAUGUAUAUUUUUUUUUGAGAGGAACCUGAAAACAAGAUUUGGAGUAAAAAUUCCAGAAUGCAGAGAAGUUUGUAGAAAAAUAUGAACUUUCAGAUUAUCCUCUAAAAAUUGAAAAUCAAAGAUAAAGGAAGAAAGAUGCAUCAGGCUAACAACGUAACUGGAAUAUUAUCCCUGUUGUGUACCUGCAGACUUCUUGAAAACACAGUAUGUACGAGCCAGCAUCUGAUUUUGCAUUCCAUUUUCUAUCAGUAUUUGGACUUGCAGAUGAACCUCCUGUUAAUAUGCAGGCACCUGUAUUUGUUGCUGUUUUCUUGUGCAUUAACUGUUUAAAUGAUAAAAUUUUAGACUGCUCCAAAUAGCUACAUUUUGCUGAGUGAAUUCAGGCUGAAAUGUCACUGAACAGCUAGGUUUUUGUGGUGAAAUAGUAACAAUAAACCUUUUGAUGUAUGAAAGACAGAUUUCACCUACAAAAUGAUUCUUGAGGCCGUUCCUGAAUUUUCUGUAUGCCAAAAAAUCAAUUUGCAACAAAAAUCAAAAUGUUUUGUUUUUUCACGAAAAUGUGAUGUUUUCCUCCUUUUUUACUUUAAGAUGUCAGCUCUAUUUACAAGUUAUUUCUUGUUCCAUAAUUAGAAAUAGUUCAGCAUCUUCAUUAUUUUAGGGAUGCCAUGCUGGUGUCAUAGUUUGUUUCCUUCUUAGCAUGAACAGCUGCAAACUUGUGUCUUUUAAAUGAGUGUAUCUGAAUAUAAUCCAGUUUCCUGCCUAGUACUCUAUUACUAACCUUUUACCAGUAUAGGUAGCUGCUGAUUGCUCCGCCAAGAAAAUAUUAAUUAACUUCAUUUAAAGGAUCAUUUCUUAUUCUCAGCUGUAACAUCUGAUUAAGGAAAGAAGCAAUAUUUUCAGCUGCAAUCAUUCUUUCAUUAGAAGAAAGUAUUUUAACCAGUGGUUAGUAUUACAGUAUUUUUAAACCAGAAAAUGUGUGCUGUAAUUCUAAGUAAAAGCAUCUAAGAAAAGAGAGCUGAAAUUGUUUGCCAGAGAUUUCAACUCUUGUGAGAGAAUACGCCACAGUUGCUGUAAAGAGCUUACACACCCUAUACCAUUUACCAGUUCAGGUUGAAAAAUGAAGCUGAAAGAUGCCAAGCGUGGCACUUACUUUUGAUGGAGUCUGGGGCCUAUUCUGUGUGUGAAUGACAGUAUUUCAUUAUACAACUAUAUUCAGGGCAGACCAUGUUAGCAUGUAAGUGAACAUGUAUGGGGGCUCAUUGAACCCACUUUAGAAGCACUAAUUGCACUAACAUCUCAUCCUGAAAGAAACAACAGUCUUUUCUUUCCCUUUCUGCAUCCUCAGCCUUGUUCCAUUAUGUUGCUUCUGUUGUGUUAGUUGUACAUGCAUAUGCUCAUGGGUUAUUUUGGAGCCUAUACUCAUGUGUUGCAAACUCAGGCUUUAGUUAAAAUAAAAUUUUAACUGGAAAUUUUGUUUUGUUUUGUCAAAAUAUCAAAUUGUAAAUUGAAAUAGCUCAUGGAACUGUUCUCUUCUUCUGAUAUUCUAGCACAGUCCACACAACUCAGCAUAUAAAAAUUAGCAUUAGCAAGAUCCUGAAGCUGCUGAGGGAGUUAAGAGGGCAUAUUGAAGGGACUUAGCAAAGAGCUGCAUAAUCAGUAGGGCUGUCAAGUGAUUAAAAAAAUUAAUCGCAAUUAAUCAUGCGAUUAAAAGAAUCGUGCAAUUAAUUACACUGUUAAACAAGAAUAGAAUACCAUUUAUUUAAACA